GAGCAUCCGGACGCACUGCGCCGAGCCCUUCACGGCCUACUGGACGUGCAUCGACUACAGCAACCAGCAGGAGCUGCGCCGCUGCCGCAAGCAGCAGGCAGCCUUCGACUCCUGCGUGCUGGACAAGCUGGGCUGGGUCAGGCCCGACCUGGGAGACCUCUCCAAGGUUACGAAGGUGAAGACAGACCGUCCUCUGCCUGAGAAUGCCUAUCACUCUAGGCCCAGACCACAGCCAAACCCACCCAUAGAAGGGGAGCUGAAGCCCUCUCCCCUUGGCAGCAGGCUCUUUUUCUGGUCCUGGUGAAGUGGGCAGGCUGUGCUGUGACUCAAGUGCGGAGAUGUGGCACUUGCACGUGUAAAUUGUGUGGUGUGUGCUGGGUAUUACUAAUAAUUAAAGAGCCCAAAACCAUGA